UGAUACAUUUCAGCCGUCCAAUUUGAUGGGAGUGAAACAAACUAGAGCCAGGAGGACUAACAAAUCGCAGUUUCCACUCCAAUUUCCCCCAAUUUCAGCAAUAAACAAACAAACCCCAUUUUCCCACAUGCCUUCCCUUUCCUCCGACUUUCUCCAUUUCUCAGCUUUCUUCUUCUUCUUCUCCAAGAAACUCACCCGCCCUCUGAACCGGUCAACCCCGCAGCAAUGAUACAUAACCACCCCAUUUCCAACUGCAUCACCACCGUCGAUUGAGCAUUUGCUACUGAAUUCUCAUCAGCUUUGUUCCGAAGCAGGAACAGUAAGCACCAAACAAUUGUAUUUGUAGAUCGGAUUACGCAGCCAUGGUGCUUCCGCUCCUGAAGCUCGGGACUCUUGCCAUCAAAACUCUCAGCAAACCCGUCGCCGCCCGACUCAAACAUCAAGCUGCAGUGCAUCCCAGGUUCCGCCAGUUAAUCGUCAGCAUGGCACAGGCAAACCAUCGAAUUACCACGAGGAUGCAAAGGCGCCUAUACAGUCAUGCGACCGAUGUUGAGAUUCGCCCUUUGAAUGAGGAGAAGGCUGUGCAGGCUGCUGUUGACCUUAUGGGGGAGCUCUUUGUCUUCUCGGUUGCAACUGUUGCUUUGAUAUUUGAAGUACAAAGAAGUGCUAGAUCAGAAGCGAGAAAGGAGGAAGCACGCAAGCAAGAACUGGAGGCACUCAAGCAAAGAGACGAAGCCUUAUCCAGAGAAGUAGAACUUCUUAAGGAAAAAUUUGAAGAACUGGAGAAGCUUGCCAGGGGACGAGGGCUUAGCGGUAUUAUCAGUUUCAAGCGCCCUGAUACAGAAUCUGCAAAGUCAGUAAAGCCAGCCUGAUCAUACACAAAACUCAUCUAAUAAAGAUGGUUUUUAAUCCGAUUUUAAUUCGUACAAUGCUUCCCUCGUUGCAGAGGGAAAAUUUUCACCUUUGAUUCUUUCGACCGUAGGUCAUCUUUUUAGAUUGAUGCCUGGCUUCAUUGUUUUCGGAAUGUCUAAACAUUGAACAGAAGAUGCCAAGUUAAUGAUGCCCUUUGUGUUGUGGCAUUAGAGCUCGUUUGGAUA